AUGGCAGACCGUUCGACUCCGCCGCCGCAAACAGGCGGUUCAAAGCCCGGUGAGCUCCCGCGGGCACCGCUUACGCCGGAGCAGUUGCGGAAAAUUGAAAUAAACCGCAUGAAAGCAAAAGCGAUACGGGAGCAACGGGAGGCCGAGGCUCGGAGAUCGGUUGAUGUUACUAGUGAUGCGACUUCGGCGGCCCGUCCGCUUGAUUCGAUCAAGCCUGCGCGGAACUUUACGAAAUACGUUGAAUAUGACUUUAGUAAGAUGACGGACACGAAGGGAGGGUUUUUGACGGAGGAGGACGAUCCCUUUAAUAAGGCGCUGCAUGUGAAAGAUGGAAAGGAGGAACAAAAGCCGGCGAAUAUGACGCAGAAGGAAUGGGAGAGAAAGCAGUUACUCGACUCUCUUCGUCGAAAUCGGACCGGUCCUUUCGAACCAGCCCUCAGCGUGUUGGAUGACCAAAGCAAGCAGAAGAAAUGUCGUGAGUGUGGAAGUCUGGAGAUUGAUUGGAAGUGGGAACAGGAUCUUCGGUGUUGCGUAUGCCACGCCUGUAAGGAGAAGUUCCCGGAAAAGUACAGUCUUCUCACCAAGACGGAAGCAAAGGAAGAUUAUCUUUUGACAGAUCCUGAACUCAAAGAUGAAGAGCUUCUGCCCCAUCUUGAAAAACCUAACCCUCAUAAGUCGACGUGGAACAACAUGAUGCUUUACCUUCGAUAUCAGGUUGAGGAAUAUGCCUUUUCGGCGAAGAAGUGGGGCUCUGCUGAAGCACUAGAUGCCGAGUUUGAGCGACGCGAAAAUGAGAAGAAGCGACGGCGAGAGGCCAAGUUCAAGUCAAAACUACAAGAUUUGAAGAAGCGCACCCGAGUCGAUGCCUACCGCCGUAACCGUCAGGGAGCGGCUGGGGGAAGCUUCGGUGAUGACCUGGGCAAUGGUGGAAGACAUGUGCACCAAUGGGGUCGGUCGAUUGAGAAUCCGGAAACUGGAAUCGGUGUCAAGAAGUGUGUGGAUUGUGGGAUGGAAGUGGAGGAGUUAGAGUUCUAG